AUGUCUUUCAUGAAAUCUAGCGAUAUGAAUGGUUUAGGCAAAGGAAAGGGAGUCGAAAGAAGAAGAUCAAUCACUGCUGAGGAUGCUGUUGAGAAUAAACGUACUACCAACGAGAGAAAAAGAAUUAUGUCGUCCAGUUUCGAUGGAGAAGCAAUAAAAGCAGUUACCACACAACCACUUACCGAGUUCUACCUUUUCCAAAAACUUCCUCAGGAGAUUAGGAAUAUGAUAUGGAAUUGUACUUUCCAAAAAGACGUUGCUGUCCAAGUGAGGAACAAUGGUGGACUCUAUCCCAUGCAAGGUGUCUUCGAAGCUCCAAGCAUGCCUGCCCUUCUUGUCAAUCAUGAAGCGAGGGAGGAAGCUCAAAGCCACAUGGAGAAAACAGUAAUGUUUGGAACUUUCCCCUUCAACAAAGAAUCCGACACCCUGCACCUAUUCUUCCCAUUUCCCCUUUCUUCGCUAAAAGUCAACCACAUCGUCCUUAAUGGUUUCUUCUUCCGCCGAUUUCUUGGGAUCGAUAAUUCUCCGAUCGAACAACUCGAACGUCGCACUCAUCAGUUCUUGACAAUUCUCUCCAAAAUGCCAGGGUUGGAAACUAUAUCUGUACCCACCACUGGAAAGGAUGUAACCUCACGCACCGGAGAUGGCAAUCAAACGGAUACAGAGGCUCAGAGGUUUAAGAAUUUCGAGUUUAUCGACGAAACUUUCCAGAGAAUGGCGAAGGAAUUCCAGGGAAAGCAUUGCCCGGAGUGGGAGAUCCCAGCUUUGAUCUAUCUAGACGACCACGCGAGCGAAUCGAACCAUUUUUCAGUGGACAAAUAUUAG